UAUUUGUGGCAUUGUUCUGUCUGGCAGUCUAUCACCAACCUUCCUGUGGAAAAUAGCGAUACAGUGUUUGUCUCGUAUCCAAAUCCUACAAACUGUUUCAAAUGAAAGUAAAUUAGUAAUUAGAGCAACGGUACACAUAUUUUCAUAGUUUCGUGGGUUUGAAGAGAAACAAAAUAGCCAAAUAGCUGCUGCGCGUGAGUUUCACAUCAUUACAGCACGGCUCUAAACAGGAAAUUGAGGCAGCAUUUGUAAGGCUCUGUUCCAUUUCACUUCAGUCGGAAACAAUGAUAGUUAUAGUCCCUCAAAAUGUCAGCGACACUUAACAAUUUAAAACUACUUUAAGUUGUGGAAAUCUAGGGGAAAUAGCUUGUUUGAAUACACAGGGAACACUCUGUAUCCCUCAAGAGUGAGCAGAGAGGGAUACGGCGCUGUUGCUGCUGCGUGGACCUCACUCAACACAGCCUAAAUGACCACAAACGGUUAACGGAUGGAUUAUAAAAUGGACGGAUAUUUGGACCAGCAAGUGCCUUACACUUUAGCUAAUAAGUCACAAGGAAAUGGGCCCCUAAACAGAGUGUUGAUGGCAGCGAAAAGGAAAUACAUGGACACCGAACUACCCCCUCAGGAAUCUGAAGACCUCUUUCAGGAUUUAAGCCAACUUCAGGAGACGUGGCUCACAGAAGCUCAAGUCCCUGACAAUGAUGAGCAGUUUGUCCCGGACUUCCACUCAGAAAACUCUGUGGCGUUUCACAGCCCGCCGGUCAAGAUCAAGAAGGAACCUCAGAGCCCUGGCUCCGACCCCAGCCAGUCCUGUAGCCACAAGCAGAGAUUCAGCUACCCCAAUGGAGGAGAGCAGUGCCUUUACGCCAGUGCCUAUGAGCAGAAGCGAGCAGCGGCAGCAGCAUCAGUAGCAGCGGCGGCAGCAGCAGCAGCAUCAGCCUCAGGUCUGGGGGCCGUGCCUGGGGGCCCAGCAGGUAGCGGUGGCGGAGGUGGUGGUGGCGGUGGGGGCCCUAAGAGCUCCUGCCCUGGGGCUCCCCCGACUCCAACAUGCCCCAUGUCCCCCAUGCAGCAGCAUUACUCCCCCAAGCCACAGGGGGCGCUGGGGGCCCGGGGAGCACCUGAGCAGCAGGGCUUUAUGAACCCACCUCCUCCUCCUCCUUCUGCCCCUGCAUCUGCAUCCGCCUCUGGGCCAGCCAGUGGUGCUCAGGCCCCAAUGCCUGGUGCUCACGGCCACAACCACAGCCACGGACACGGACACGGCCAGAGCCACAGCUACCCUCUCAACCACAGCUCCAGGUAUCCAGGUGGCCACCAUGGUCCGGGGGACAUGUGCUCCCCCUUCCCCCCUCAGAGCCAGCCUCUGCCCUGCAUGCACCCACCCAACAGUGCCGGCUCCGCAUCCGGCUCUGGAGGAGGAGGUGUUGGAGGUGGAGGUGGAGGAGGAGGACCGGGUGGAGGAGGAGGAGGAGGAGGAGGAGGAGGUGGUGGUGGAGUUUACCAUCGGCAGCACUCAGACUCCUGCCUGCCUUACCUGCAGCAGAGCUUCAAGCAGGAGUACCUGGACCCCCUGUACGAGAGGGCUGCCCACCUGGCUGCCCAUCAUCACCACCCGCACCACCCCCCACAGAGGUUCCCCCCCGCCCACAUGAUGGUCAAGCAGGAGCCUCAUGACUACACUUACGACCCAGAUGUGCCUGGAUGUACUUCAAUGUACCAACACAAUGAGGGCUACCCACACCAACAGCAUAACAAUGAAGGUUAUCUGUUUGAAAAUGACUCGCGUGUCGUUCCUGAGAAGUUUGAAGCAGGUGAGGUGAAGCAGGAGGGAGGUGGCGUGUUCCGCGAGGGCGCCCCCUAUCAGCGCCGCGGCUCACUGCAGCUGUGGCAGUUCCUGGUGGCUCUGCUGGACGACCCCGGCAACGCUCACUUCAUCGCCUGGACGGGCCGCGGCAUGGAGUUCAAACUCAUCGAGCCAGAGGAGGUGGCCAGACUGUGGGGGAUGCAGAAGAACCGUCCUGCCAUGAACUACGACAAACUGAGUCGCUCCCUGCGCUACUACUACGAGAAGGGAAUCAUGCAAAAGGUGGCGGGAGAGCGCUACGUUUACAAGUUUGUGUGCGAGCCGGAGGCCCUGAUCUCGCUGGCCUUUCCCGACAAUCAGCGGCCCAGCCUGAAGGCGGAGUUCGAGCGUUACGUCAACGAGGAGGACACGGUGCCACUGUCCCACCUGGACGAGGGGCUGGUCAACUACCCUCCGGAGCCAGCAGGGGCGGCAGCAGCAGCAGCCACCGCCAUGGGGCCUCCACAGCCCUACUCCAAAGGCUACAUGUACUAAAUGCCACCCCAUCCCAUUCCCCAUCCCACCUGUCCUCCCCAACCUGGACCCAAAAGCAUCGCUGCUAACCAAUUAGCAACUUACGGUUUGCCAAUGGGAAAUUGCAUUGCAUACAAAGUAAGAUGCUAACUUAGUUAGAAACGACGCUGUUGAGAAACGCUCCCAUAAUCACGCCCUACCUACCCUUACCUGCACAGGUGUCAAUCACGGGUUCAGAAGGCUAAAAAACCCUGCCACAUGUUUGAUCUAACCAGCUGAUGAUGAUAAGAUCACCAGAUCAGCAAAUUCUGAGUUCUCAAGACAGACCAGUUACUCACAGUCACCUGUGUUGGAAGGAAACUGUGUCUGGGUUUGUACCACUGAAUGGGCUUUUUUUGACACCUCUACUUAUCUGUCAGACCCACACCACACCCCUUUCCCACCCACCCAAACCUGCUUGCCCAUCGUAACCUAUCCCUUACCAACGGUUACCUACCCAUAGAUAUAGCACCCUAGAUGUCGCAUUCAGCCUCUUGGCAUGCAUCUGGGUGCCGCCAUCUUGGAACAGGGUUGCAGGCCUUUUCAGUGUCAGCAAAGAUCUUGUGUAACCGCCACCUACAGAAUGAUUUGUAUAUUCAUUUAUCACCCAAUUGAUGUUCAUCCAAUCAGCGCUAUGCCCUUACCAAGAUGGCAGCGACUUCAUAGUCGUCAAAGCGAGAUCUGGUGUGUUAUAUCUGUGCUACCUACCCUACUGUCCCUUCCCAUCCCAUGCCUGCAAAGACCUCCCAUACCCACCUCUCUCCCUCACCUACCUGACCUACACCCUCCCAAUCCAAUCCCAUCUCCACGCCAGAGGCAGACAUGCCAGAUUCCGAGAGUAAAAAUAAGAACCCGCCAUAUAUUUUCUAAAUCCAGCUCAACUCAUGUAGCUGACCAAAGGUAGAUGAACUAAUUCUUGACAUCACCUACUGUUGAGAGUGGACAGGCAGAAGGAAUAUAUAUGACUAGGACUUCUGUACUUUCUUGAUCCAGUUUGUUCGUCUUUGCUCACUCCACCUGUCCACCCUUGUUGCCCGCCCGCCAUUCCUCCCCUUCCUCAUUUCCUGCACUUCUUGCACAUGUCCACCCCACCCCAUCCAUCUUCUUCUUGUAUAUAAAAUAAGGCUAUGGUUGUUUUUUGUUUGUUUGUUUGUUUUUGUUUUAUUUUAAAUUAAUCUCUUUAGGGAUUUCUGCAUUCCUCUCUCUUCUGAGGCCUCUAUCCGAUUCAGACUCAAGUCUGUUGCUUACAGAGAGUGCUUAAUAAAAAAGACCCAAUAUUACUACUAAACCAGGUGGCUGCUGGGUAUUUAUUUGUUCGGGACUAGAUGGGAUGGGACGGGACGGGAAGGGAAGUAGGUUGUGAAGUUGUAAUGAAUAGGUUUGUGUGGCGAUCAAACAGAAAGGGGUUUUCCAUUACUUGCUUGUUAAAAGCAAGAAGUACAUCACUUCAGCCCCGUGCUCUUGAUGGAGGGUUGUUUGUGUUGUUUUGACAGCUGACUUGAGUUGAACAUUGUGUACCACAUCAAUUAAACAGUAAAAGCCCUGACUAACUGGACAAACAAAACAUCACUUGAGGAAGGUGUAUGAAUUCAAAAACAAAGUAAGAAUACUUUGGAUUUCUCCUAGAAUUGAGUGAUCGUUUUGAGCUGUGCAAGACUUUAAAAUGUUGUGUUUUUGAAAUGUGUGUAACCGCCGAGAUAUGAUGCCCCAAUCUAUCAUAUUGCAUAGCUGACAUGGCUUAUGAGGCUAACGUGAUAUUAUCAAACUUUCUCAAAACGCAUCCUUUUGCCUUGAUUUUGCUCUAGAGUGACUGCCUCAUUUUUGUAUGUUUGGGAUGAAAUACAAACUUGUUCCAACUCCGGAUAAAUCCUUUAGCACAAAAAACUUUUCCAACGACUCAUGUAGUUGGAAUUGCUUUGAAUUGAUAGCUACAACGCAGUUACACUACAUAAAUUUGACAUGAUUAUUAUGAAUUUUAUGAAAUAUUUGUACAGUUUAAUAUAAACUGUAAUUUUGGUGAGCGCAAUGGACUGCAUUUGACUUGAGGAACUCGAUUUAUAGCUCUCCCUUCUAAUUGACCACUGGUACAAGCCAGAGAGGAAAGAAUUCAUUCCUUCCUCUCUGUACAAGCCAUAAACAUACCAUAGAAAGCUAUUGAUAUAUCAAAAACAUUUAAUCAAAAUCCAUUAAGCAUGGUGCCAGACAAUCUAAUGGGUAUGUACAGGUUCCAGGAUAGCAAAAAGAAAGACAAUGCUGAAAAGACACCGGAGAAUUGGACAUUACUGCUUUAUACGUAGGUUAACCAAUCAAUUGCAGACCCACACAUUAUAGUAACCCAGCUUCCUGUUGGCUAUUCUGUCAACACAAUAAAAAAAAGUUUUUUUUAUGAUUCAUAAAUACGUUACUCCCUCCCUCCAUCUCUCUCUCUGCUGCAGACAGACACGUUCAGUUCCACAAGAAUCGCAUCUGCUUGAGAUAGCUGGUCCCAUUAAGAGACUUCCACAUGGGAAAAAAAUAAUUAAAUUGGGUUAUGUCCUUCCGUUCCCCAUUCUAGUCAUCAAAUAUAGGUCUGGAUUCUGCCUAAAACCAAUUAUCAUCCCAACACCCCCUUCCUCUCUCCUAUGGUGAAGAUAUCUCCAUAAAACAAUCUAUUAAUCUGAAUUGAUAUAUACUUGUACACGAUUCAUAAAACAAAACCAGGUGUUACAGUAUUUUU